UUAGAAGGAAGCAUAAAAUUACGUAACCAAAAUCCAAAAACACAAAACUCUUACAUAUAUUCAUCUUCUUCUUUUUCAGUACUCAAUAUUCUUCCAAUUCAAACAACAAACUUCAUAGCAAAAAAAGAAAUUCGAAAAUUCCUAUAAACAUGAAAACAGAACAUAACAAGAAACUUUCAGUUACUAAUACCAUCGUUAAAAUAGCAAAACCCGCGUCGUAUUUUAUCUUCCUUUUGCUAACUUACACCUUAGGUUACUUAUCCCACUCUUUUUCUCCUCCCUCAUUACCACCACCAAAUUUCCCACCUCCACCGCCGCCGGAAACUUCUUCUAUUCUCCGCUUCUCCGUCAUUGACACAACCGAGCUCGCUUCGUUCCGAGUCACGACUCAGUGCUCCGAUCCAAUUCCACCGGAAAAAAUUUACCGGGAACUCAUCGACCGCAUCUUCAACGGAACCUCUCCGUUCACCGACUUUCCUCAGCCGCACGUGGCGGAGAAGCUUCUUCGCAGUAAAAAAGUCAGAGGUUGGGGUUCAAACGGCGCCGUUUUUGAGAACCUAAUUCGUAAAGUGAAUCCACGAAUCAUCGUUGAGGUUGGAACGUUUCUCGGCGCUUCAGCAAUUCACAUGGCUGAGUUGACUCAGCGACUCGGGUUGAAAACUCAAAUCUUCUGCAUCGACGAUUUUCGUGGUUGGGCCGGGUUUAGAGACGAUUUCAAAAACAUAGCUAUGUUAAACGGUGACGUUUUGCUUUAUCAUCAGUUUCUUCAGAAUGUGGUUACUUUUAAUCAAACCGGGUCGGUUUUACCCGUACCGUUUUCGAGCGGGUCUGCUUUAGCGAAGCUUUGUGAAUGGGGUGUUUUGGCCGAUUUGGUUGAGAUUGAUGCGGGCCAUGAUUUUUUAUCGGCUUGGGCCGAUAUAAACCGGGGUUUUCGGAUACUCAGGCCCGGUGGGGUUAUUUUUGGGCAUGAUUAUUUUACUGCUGCAGAUAAUAGAGGGGUUAGAAGAGCGCUUGAUUUAUUUGCUAAAAUUCACCGUUUUAAGGUAAAAAUUGAUGGCCAACAUUGGGUUAUUGAUUCCACUUAUAUACACUAAUCAUACAUUAUACAUGAUACAUCCCUUUAUCAAUUUUUUUCUCUCCAUUAUGUGGGUGUUGAAAGUUACAAUUUUCAUUCUAUUGAGAUCAAGUAAAAAAAUUGACAUUUGAAUAAGUUUUAUAUGAUUUUUGCAAUGUAUCGUUAAAUUUUCAACCUUGAUGAAGUUUAUACUUUUUUAUUUUGUUAUUUAACUUCUAUUGAUCAAUGU